UGGAUUUUCUGCGGAUGGAGAACAGAGGGCGCAGGCAGGAAGCGCUUCGCGUUUGUCAUGCCUUUUGCUCCCGUGGGUGGUAGGAGAAGAACAUGGCGUGAGGAGAAAAAGAAAGCAACUUUCUCUCUCUAUCUCCCCAGAGAAGAUCGAAAAAAAAGAAUGUGAAGGGCGUCCUUCAGUGGCAGGCGCUGACGACGUUCCCUUUUUCUCUCUUGAUAGUCCAGGAGAGGCUGCGUGAGUUGCGCCUCUUCUUCCUGUCUCCCGUUUCAACUUUACACUUUUAAGUACUUUUGCCCUUCAUCGACUUAAGCCGGCUCUUCUCUCCUUAUCCUUCUUCUGCUUCUUGUCCUCACUGCGUAGCCUCUCCGCUUCUUCCAUUCCUUAUCCUCCUCUGGCGCCUCCCGUCUUGCACCGUGCUCUCGUCUUCUGGCGCCUCUCCGUUUGCUCUACCUCGUUCUGUUGCCUUCUGUUUUUCCAGGUCUCCUGGAUCACACAGGCGUCUGCUAAGGCGUCCUUCUUCACAUGAAUUGCGGCUGCGAAGACUUCUGAUGCUUUCUGCUUUUCGGGAGAGCCUUCCUCGACAUCUGCGCGGAAAGGUCUCCGAACGCGUAGCGUCCAUCUGUCUCAUAUGCUUCGCCUCUCCCUCCUCCUGUGUGUCUGCUCCAUUCUCUCUUGCGCCCUGCGUCUCUCUCUCUUCCGUCUCCUCUCUGCGUCCUGUCUUCUGUCUGCCUUUCCUGUUCUUCUCUCCUUCUCCUCCUCUCUGCGCCUUCUCUUCUCGUCGGCUCUUCUCCUCUCUCCUGCUCGGUCUGCGCCAUGGCGUCUGAGAACUGCACUUCGCCUGAAGCGUCUCCCUAUGGCCUCCGAAGGACGGAGAAGGAGGAGAGGAAGCGCGAUGCAAGAGGAUCGUCCGUCGGAAGUCUCGCGUCUCUCCCCUCCUGUGCAGAGAGCGCGCUGCCUCGACACUACUUGCCCCUCUACGUCAACAUUCCCCAGAUGGAAAAACUGAUUACGCAGCUCGCGGCAGAUGCCUCACAGAAGCUCUCCACUGCUACAAUCAAGAAACAACUGAAACAAAUGCAGCAAGAGCCGCUGACGACCGUGCCGUUAAACGAGAACUCGGGGAAGAAGGAGACUGUGUCAGGAGAUCGUUCAGGCCUCGCAAAGGCUGCCGAACGGCCCCCGGUGUCUCCUUCCUGGAGGGCGACUGCGGAGGAGAGUGUGGGGUCUCAAGAAAGCGGCCAAGCGAGAGAACGAGAUGACAGAGAAGCGACAGAAAGAGAAGAGAGAGACGAAGCUCAAAAGACAACGCAGACAGCAGGGACGAGCAUCUUCGGCCAAGCUGAACUCAUGUCUCUGCUUCCAGAGUCGCGCUUCCGGAACCUGAUGCAGCAUCAAGUGCAGAGACUUAAUUUCUUUGUGCAGUCGAAGGAGCAGGAAGUCUGCCAACGUCUUAGUCACAUCUACAGCGCCAUCGGCCUGAUGAGAGAGCAGCAUGGCUUCACGGUGGACGUCGCUGCAAGACUGGAGGAAGAGCUCGAUGCACAGAGUGCAGAAAUUACACACCUCGACUUCUUUGUGCGACGAAACUACAAAGCUCUCGUUGACCUAGGUCACUUCUUCGACAGACUCCUCAAGACCGACGCGACCCGCUGGUUCAUUUUCUCUCUCAUAAAGGAGAAGUUCUGCGACGUCGAUCUCGAAGGCUUGAUGCUGCGCCUCUCGCUUGCGUGGUCCGCCUUCCGACAAGCCAAAGCGGGGGUGACAGAGAGCGGCAAGUGGGAAGCGCCGGAGACGUUCGUGCGAAAUACGACCAAGUACUGGCUUCGGUCCGACCGGGUGGUCCAUGCGCAGUGCCUUAUCCUGAAACAUCUUCCUUUUCUCGUUUACGGCGCGUCCGAGGAGGACAUCGCCGCAGCGCUCCUGAGACAGCAGAACCUCCAGAAGAGCGAAGGCGGAGCAGACGAGGAAGCGGAGGAGGCAGAGCUUGCGGGCAACUCGGCGACAAGCGCGGCAAGUCUCAAACGCAAGAUCGGCGCCACCCAACCGAUCACGUCUGUCUACGUCGACAGCAACACCGGCUACUGCUUCGAGAAUCGAAUUCUUCGCAUGGAAGGUGCCGAACUUAUUCGCUUUCGAUGGUAUGGCGUUAACGACAACGAAGGAGACAAACCGGUCUUUGUCGAGAGGAAGACGCACCACGAAAGCUGGACGGGAUUGAGCAGCACGAAGGAGCGAUUCACCUUGGACCAAAAAUUCGUCAAGAGUUACUUGCUCGGGCGCCUUCCCGCGGCUGAGGCCCUCGGGAUUCAGUUCCGUGAACGGUGGUGGAGAGACAAGAAGAAGGAGGAGGAAGCGAAGGAGAGAGAAGAACGCGAGCGAGAGGGAGAAGCGGAAGCGAAAGAGAAGACAGAGAGAAACGGGAGGCAAGAAGAUGGCGAAGCAUGCCAAGAUUCGGAGGAGGGAGAGCGAGAGAGAGAGAGAGCGAUGGAGCCCCGUGAAGAGGCGACUUCAAGGGAGGGAUGUCGGGAAAACGUAGGGGUCGGCGCAGAAGACGAGAGAUGCAGGGCAAGGAAAGAGACAACGACAGAGCAGAGGCGGCAGUGGGAGCGAGAAGAGGAAGAAGCAGAGACGAAAUACUUUCAAGACGCCAAAACUCAAAAAUCUCUGCAACUUGCAUGCGAAAUUCAAAACACACUCCUCCGCCAUUCCCUUCUACCGAUGGUUCGCACGAGCUAUUUGCGAGCAGCCUUCCAGCUGAGCACAUCGAACGCCGUCAGGAUUUCCUUGGAUACCAAUUUGUGCAUGGUGGAUGAGUUGACGCCUCAGUAUGUCAGUUUGGGGAUGGCCGAAGAGCGCAGAAAGCUCGAGCCGACGUCCGAGGGGAUUUCGAGCGUCGGGAGAUGUCCUCUCUGGGAGAACCUCCGAAGACCUCACCCUGCAAUGCAACAGCCAGUCGCGUCCCCUUCGGCUGCCUUCGCCUCUGCAUCCAGUCGAAAUGGAUGUGUGGGGGCGACCCGAGGGCCGGCGGAAGAGAGGGAAAAGCAUGGUUCCCCCGCGCAUGCAGUCAAAGAAGACCUUGUGCGAUUCGAACGCAUGCGUGAGGAUGAUGACGAUGUCCUCUGGUGCAGAGUGGCGGAAGAACUCCUUGGGAAGAACGAUGUCGUUCGCUUUCCCUUCGCCGUCCUCGAGGUGAAACUGCAGACAUCGCCAAGUCCUCCGUGGGUCCAGGAACUGCUUGCCCUCUGCGAUGCAAUCAUGGUCCCGAAGUUUUCAAAGUUCCAGCACGGCAUGGCGUUUCUUCACAGCGACAAGAUUAGUCGGCUUCCCUACUGGCUGCAGGCGUCGCCUGAGGCUACGGGGCUUCGCCGCGACGGAAAGCCGCUCGGCCGCGCGGCGUCGCUGGACGCGCCUGCGCAGGAAGGCCAAAGCGCGCCGCCCAGAGAGCGACGAGAAAGGCCUGAGCCGUCGACUCUUCCUGCCGCGUCCCUGCCUGCGCCGCCGCAUGCAGAGGGCGUCGCGGAGCCGAGCAGCUGGCGAGUGGACGGGAGGGCCGAGAGGCACACAUUUUUCUUUGGGUCGAGGCGCGGCAAACUCUUCUACUCUCCCGUCGUUCGCAGCGUCGAGGAGGGACAAGCCGACGACGAAGGCGCCAGCCAGGUUCCCCAGUUGAGAGUCGCUGGCGAACGGGGGCCGCCGAGGCACUCUGUCCUCACAGAGCCAAGAAACAGGUCCAGCGCGAACGAACAGACGCUCAACUGCGUCUCCGUCGACCAACUGCCUGCGGAACCUGGCCUCGCGGAAGUCACGCGACGCCGAAGGCCUCGCGGAAAGUCGACCUUGGGGACGGACGCCGCGCGAACGCUGGACUGGCUGCGACAACGUCACACGGAGGCGCUAGCGGAAGACUUCCCGACACACUGGGAGACCGCUGCGGCGGCAGAGGCCCGCGGCUUUCUCGCUUCCCGAGACAAUGCGUUUUCUAACAGUUUCGAUGAAACGCAGGAGCAUCUCGCGCUGGCGCCUUUGCCUCGCUCAGAGGCGCCUCUGCAGCGCUCGCACGACGAGGAAGACGACGGCUGGCUUUCCGACCCUCAGUCGAAGCAGGCAUGUCUGCGAAAAGUGAUGCGACAAAGCAAGAAGAUGAGGAAACUCGACCCAAAGAGCUUCUUCGCAAACGAACGAACCUUCCUGCAGUACCUGCAGAAGGCCGUUUACUUGGGUUCUCUGGCAAUUACCCUCCUGCAGUGGGGCGGCGGGGGUGUUGUCCCCGACGUGGCCGGCUUCUGUCUCGCUUUCGGCGUCCUGGCCCUGCUCGUCUACAGUUACCGAGUCUUCGAAGAGCGAGGGAGUAAACUGGAAAGGAAAGUCGCGCGAGGCGACAUGAACGCGGGCGAGCGCUACGACAGCGUCUACGGUCCCGUCGCGAUUUUCGCGACUGUUUCAGUGAUUGUCCUCUUCAUUCUCUGUCUGCAAAUUGACGCGGGAGUUAAAAAACUGAAGUCGGUAUAGACUUCACGCCAACGUUUCGGCAGCCGAAGGAAAGCGUUCCUCUCCCUGCUCGAUGGUGCCGUGACUUGCUUCCUUGCUCAUGGCUUCCGCGGGGAAACGGUUCUACUGGAACUGGACUCAAUCUCUUGUAAAUCCUCAGUGUUCGCUUUUUAAAAAAUAGAGGUG